CUAUCGCGAACGAUGCGCGGAGCGGUUGUGUUGCGCCGCACGCCUGUUACCGCUCUCAACUUCGAAAUUGUAUUACGAAAAUAUGUAAAGUUUCAAAACAUAAUUUUAUUCGGAACUUCCGUGUCGGACGUAUAGUUAAGUGUUUAAUAAGUCAAGAACGGCCUAAAUAGAUAGUUUUAAGUUAUUGAAACUUAAUAGGCUUACUCGUUUUACCUGCAUGCAUCGUCCCACGAGUCGUGCGAAGCGGUUACCUGUAUCGGAUAAACGAACAUUUUUCAAAUGGAUGUGCGUUUGUAUUCUGUGAUAGUGUGCGUGUUUUGUGUGAAUACACGACUCCGUGAGUGCUUGUUUGCAGCUUGUGACAAGUUUUUACUGUAGUGACGUGCUUGAAAUUUAAAUUAAGUUACAGAAAAUGUUUCGCGGGGGAGAGAGGGGUUUUCUUGCGGCGCUCGUAGUGGGUUCUCUAGCGGUGGCGUCAGCGCAGUAUACAAAAGUACGAGACCAUCCUUCACAUCAUGUCACAAGGUUACGACAUUCAAGGCAUCUCGAUGGGUACCUGCCUUUACAUUCAUCCUUUACCCCUGCGUCUCCGAAGCUGGCUGUGAAGGACAAUCACAAGCCUCUCUUCACUGAGUGCCUAAACUAUAGGCCCACGCUGAAAGAAGAGCAGCCUGUAGGAACAUAUGUAUUCACGGUUCAUGCCGAAGACCGGGAUCCACCCGAAAUGGGUGGUACGGUUACUUACAAAUUCGUCUCAACUCCUGGUGAGAAGGAGAGAUUUCAUGUUGACCCUGAGACCGGAAGAAUUACUACAGCUGAUAUAUUUGACCACGAUGAACCGUCACGUGAGAAGGAAGCCUAUAUAACAGUGCGGGCAAGUGAUAAUGGCCAGCCCCAAUUAGACGACGCGUGUACUAUUAAAAUACUUAUAGAAGACAUCAAUGACAAUCAGCCGGUCUUCGAUAAAGUGUCGUAUUCGGAGUCGGUGCCCCAAGAUCUGCCGAGCGGUCGUGAGGUGAUGCGGAUAUCUGCCACGGAUAUAGAUGAUGGCAAUAACUCGAUCGUACAUUACAGUCUCGAUUCAAAUUCGCCGGAUCAGGCCUAUUUCUACAUCGAUCCUGAUAACGGGGUCAUAUUUCUGAAUAAGACAAUUGAUAAAGUGCCAGGCUACAAAUUCAAGUUGAGCGCGAUAGUAAAAGACAUGGGUGAUCCGCCGCAACAAAGUUCGAUUACUUUAGACAUCCAAGUCGUUGAAUCUAACAAGAAAAGCCCGUCUUUCAUCGAAGUGCCCGAUGAACCGAUAAGAUUAAAAGAAAAUUAUGCUGACUUCAACACCCCGAUCGCUACUGUGAGAGCAGUAUCAAACAUUCCGGAAGAAAAGAAAUUACAGUUUGAAUUGGUUAUGGGUCAGACGGAACAAACGAAUAAAUGGCACACGUUUGUCUUGGAACCAGAGGCGGAUUCCGCAUACAUAAAACUCGGUAACCAUUUGGACUACGAGAAAAUAACAGAUUACACAUUGACUGUUAGAAUUCAAAAUAACUAUAAAUUAGCAGCUGAAACUAUAAUUCAAAUAGAAAUUGAGGACGUCAAUGAUAAUAUUCCUAUAUUCAGUGAGAUAAGAUCUGGCAGCGUGUUAGAAAACGAACCGCCCGGUACACCUGUGAUGCAGGUUAGGGCUUUCGAUGCUGAUGGGACUUCAGCCAAUAAUCAAGUCACUUAUGAAUUAGGAGACCCAUCAGACCCAUUCGCUAUAGACAGCAUCACGGGAAACAUCACAACACUAAAAAUGUUCGACAGAGAAGAGAGGAGUUUCUACAACAUAAAAAUUAUAGCCACUGACAAUUCCGAAUCAGCUCUCAUCCCUGGCAAGCAUAACGCCGGCCAACAGGUUUUUCUUAUAGAGAUAGCUGAUAAAAACGACAAUCCGCCACAUUUCACACAGGACACGUAUGUAGCGGAGUCGAUAGCUGAGAACGCUAACAUUAACGAGCUCGUCACACAGGUUACCGCGCUGGAUAUAGAUACAGCGUCCGUGGUAACAUACAGCAUAGUAGCCGGUAACACAUACGACGCGUUUGUGAUACGUAAUUUCACUGGUGAAAUUCGGGUCAACAAUGAACUCGACUACGAAAAUAUAACCAGCUACAGCUUAGACGUGAGAGCUUUCGACGGCUUGUAUGAAGACUACGCGAAGGUCCUCAUAAAGAUUGAAAACCUCAACGACAAUCCUCCGGUCUUCUUGGCCAAUUACACGAAGACCAUCGAAGAAGAAAAGUUAUAUGAAGGAUGCAUUGUAAAGGUUGAAGCCUACGAUCCAGAUUUAGACCGAAACGAACCUCAGAACAUAGUCUAUUCACUGGUGAAGCACGAACAAAAGGAGUUCCUCCAAAUAGACAAUGACGGUUGUCUGCGACUCACGAAACCCUUGGAUAGAGAUCAGCCUUCAGGUUUCACGAGAUGGCAGAUCCUUAUCAUGGCCGCCGACCACGGGGGUAGACUCGGUUCUGAUAGUCUGCGAUCGACCACAGAGGUCAUAUUGGAACUGACUGACAUCAAUGAUAACGCACCUUUCUUGACUAAUACUCAACCAAUCAUAUGGUACGAGAACGAACCGCCUGGUCAAGUUGUUAUUCUAACAGCUAAAGAUUACGACUCAGCUGAAAAUGGACCACCUUUUACAUUCGCUCUUAACGAGUCCGCCAGCUUCGAUAUACGAUCCAAAUUCCACAUACAAGGAAACAUACUGUCUACGUUGGUUUCCUUCGACCGUGAGCAGCGCAAGGAGUACAAAAUCCCAGUAGCUAUCACAGAUUCUGGAACACCAAGAUUAACGGGCGUUUCCAUUCUUCAUAUUGUCAUCGGAGAUAGAAACGAUAAUUCCAUGGAACCUGGCCACAGUGACAUCUUUGUCUACAACUACAAGACGGAAACGUACUUCAACGAAAUAUACAGCUGGAGAUAUUAUGGGGAAGCACCAGAUACGGAAAUCGGCCGCGUGUUUGUAAAUGACCCUGACGAUUGGGACCUACCCGACAAACGGUUCAUGUGGCUGCCCUCGUACGAGCAAAGGAGUCCUUACUUCGACGUCCAUAGUAAUACUGGCAUGAUCACUAUGAAGGAGGGAACCCCUAACGGGACUUACAUGCUGCGAUUCAAUGUGACGGAAGUUAACGAGCCGUUAGUGCCCUUCCACUGGGUGGAGGCUACAGUGAAUGUGACCAUAAAAGAAAUACCGGAAGAGGCUGUAGACAAAUCCGGCUCAAUCCGGUUCCUGAACAUCACAGCUGAGGAGUUUAUCAUACCGGAGGCUGAUGGCACUAGUAAGAAAGACAAACUUCAUCGUCGUUUAGCAGAACUAUACAACAAAUCUAUGGACAAUGUUGAUGUGUUCACCGUUUUUACCAAACUGACCGUUAAAGACGCCUUCCUGGAUGUAAGGUUCUCAGCACACGGGUCCCCGUACUUCGAAGCCGAGAAAUUGGACAGUAUGGUUGUGGGGAUACAAGAAAAGCUGGAAGAUGAGCUCGGAGUCAGGAUAUAUAUGGUGAAAAUUGACGAAUGCCUGAUAGAGAAGGAACAGUGCGAAGAUUCCUGUCGCAAUGUCCUCAUCAAAAAUAAUGUGCCGCUCUCCGUUUAUACGAACACCACCAGCUUCGUCGGGGUAUCAGCGAGGGUGGAAUCUGAAUGCACUUGUGACGUGGAAGAACCGCUCAUUUGUUUGAACGGAGGGACUCCAUUCGCUGAUAAAUGCGAAUGUCCUGAAGGCUGGAAUGGUCCGCAUUGCGAGCAGACCAGUAUCGGUUUCCAUGGCGACGGCUGGGCCAUGUACCCCUCCCCACCAGCCUGCCAUGAGGGUCACGUGACCCUCACAGUGACGUCACACACUAGCAACGCUCUGGUCUUCUAUCUUGGACCGUUGAAAUUCAACCCGCUUUUAGAUGUCCAAGAUUUCAUGUCCUUAGAACUGGUAGAUGGUUAUCCGAUACUAUUAGUGAACUACGGUUCUGGUACGACACGUCUUAAUAACAGUGUUGUACAUGUAGCUGAUGGCAAACCACAUUUGAUAGAGAUAGUACUCAUGAGGAGUUCCAUUGAAAUGUUUGUGGAUAGGUGUAAGCUAUCUACGUGCAUGAGCCUGGCAGCCCCUACAGGACCGAGAGAAAUACUGAAUGUCAACGGCCCCCUCCAGUUGGGUGGGGCGAGCGUAGAUUUACAAAGUCUAGCUAGAUCGUUCGGAUGGCGUUACGUGCCCACAAAUCAGCACUUUAUGGGCUGCAUCAGCAAUUUUACGUACAACGACUACAUGUACAAUUUGGGAAAGCCAUCCGUUGAACGGAACGCAGAUCCCGGAUGUCAGAAGAGUGUGUUCACAGCCGUUACAUUUGGCAUCGACACCAACUUCCUGGUCGCUAUACUCGUGUGCAUCGCGAUAUUAAUAAUUCUCCUCUUGGCUGUGGUCGUUCAUCGGAAGCGAGCUGAUGCAUGGGCGGAGAAAGAGUUAGAUGAUAUAAGAGAGAACAUCAUCGCUUAUGAAGAUGAAGGUGGUGGUGAAGGAGACGCUGGCUACGACUUACACGUUCUAAGGCAGAUGUACGAUGGCCCUCCACCAGAUAAUGAACCAGCGUUCAUGCAUGUACCAGUGGUUGGCGCAGCUCCCGAUAUAUCAGGAUUCUUGGACGACAAAAAAUCAGUCCUGGAUCGGGAUCCAGAUAUCAAUCCGUACGACGACGUGCGUCACUACGCUUAUGAAGGCGACGGGAACACUAGUGGAUCGCUAUCCUCGUUGGCAAGCUGUACCGACGACGAAGAUCUCAAAUUCAACUACCUAUCUACAUUCGGGCCUCGUUUCCGUAAGUUGGCGGACAUGUAUGGAGACGAUGGUGAAGACCGCCAGCACGAGGAGUCCUGGUGCUAGCGCCACGCCUGGCUCGUGUAGCCAAAAAACAACCUAAUGUGCACCAAUUAAGGUGGAGUUUACAUUGGACAUGUGAGACCAAGCUUUGAUGCCUUAAUUUGAAACCCACCGGUCGGUCGCCUGUGAUAAUCGUUUGGUUUAGCUUUCGUUGAACGGUUUUAACUCAUCCUCUGUAUUUGAUAUCGCAUACCAGUUGUUUUUAACGUCCGUUCCAACGUUUCCAUUGUAAUAGUAACACGGCUUACAUAGUACGGUAAUGUGUAAUGUUUUAUCUCGUAUGGGACGUUUAAUGUUUUAAGAAAUGACUGAUUCGUAUCACUCUAGGCAUCGUUGUAGAUACGCCUGAAUUACUUGUAUGUAAUUUUUAUAUUAAGCAACUUGGAUAAACCUAAGUCUAGGACAUAUGUACCUAUUAUAUUUUUUAUAUUAAGAUUUUUUUUUUUUUUUAUGUAUGAUUGUAAAUUAUUAGCGAAUCUAGUAUUAUGAUUGGCAGCAUUUAUGACAGCGAGGGACGGUUAGUGUAUUAGUGCCAUUACUUUGGUUUAUGUGUGAUUAUCCGAAGAAUAAAUUUUUUCUUUGCUCGUAAACCACUCGCGUUCAGUCAAAUUAAUAGAUCCCGCCCAUUGUAAGCUAUAUGUGAACCGCGCUUUAUAGUUAGUGUUAAGCCUUUUUUACAAUUCCCAUGUACGACGAGUCCGUUCGUUUAAUAUUUUGUUAUACAUACAAAUAAAUAAAUGUUUUGAUUAUUUUAAUGUCUGUAGUUUUUUAAUAGCCUAUUUAGUAUAUAUAACAUACAAAGCUAUUUAUCUAUAUCAUGAAUAUUUCAAAUUUCGUCGAUGUUUAGAACUAAAUGUAAAUAUGUAAACUAGUACAUAGCGUUGUUUAACGUAAAUUUAAACUUUUUGUAUCGUAAUUAUAAUACAAGGUGUCUUAUUAUUAUGCAUAUCAACGAAUUCUAAUGAACAGUUCAUUACUUCAUCUGUUAAAUGGUAUAAAUAUAUUGAAUAAAAUGACAUUUUUUAUUCAUGAAAGUAUGAUAUUCAUCACAGAUUAAAAAUAUGUUUUAAUGGAUUCGAAGAUAAGGGUAGGUGUACACUGUUAGUGUUAUGAAGCCCGCCUCUAGUUUACAUCGUGAUAUCCCGCGAGAUGUAGCACGGGGAUGAACGAACAAUCAAUCUUUCUGAUUUAUUACAGUCCGUUAAACCUUGAGAGUAUAGGCAUAGUUUAAUUUUAGGCUUGUAACUUAGGAUCCAUGAGCUUAUAAAGUUUUUACGCGAAUUAAUACAAAUGAUUUUGUUCUUAUAAAAAAAUAUUACGAAAAUAUAUAUCGGUGAUUCGAAAACACAUUUUUUAUUGCAAUUUAUUUAAAAAAAAUAAUGUAUUAUUCCGUACAAAGCAGUGAUUACUUUAUAUGUAAUUAAUUUGGAUUAAUUUCACUAAUUGUUUCCAACGAGUGAUUUCCAGAAUAUGAUAAUUGGAAACUUUUCGGACAAUAUGAAACUUGUUCAAUACAACAUCCAAUGUUAUCCAAAUUAAUCUUGAUCACAUACCAGCACACGUGGUAAACUCGCCCUUGCGCAAACAUUCGUGCAAACACUUGUCCAAACAUUUGUCCAACGUCGAUAAUCAGCGUAUUAACCAAACAUUCAAUUUACGUUUUCUUUACGCAUACAGUAGAAUAUCUCAGCCCUAUAUUUUGCGUACAAAUAGCUUAAGGUAUUAUAAGGACGGUUCGAAUAAGAAGAAAUGUCUAUAAGAUACACUCCUACAUUCCAUUGAAGUUACUUAUGGUGUGUGAUUUAAUAGAGUUAUUGGAACAAUUAUUCGUACUUAGCUCGAUAAUUACUAGUACCACUAUAAUAAACGGAUGGUACAAACACUAUCAGACGCGGACACUGCCAUUGAAUUCUUCAGAGUUAAUCUAUUUGUAGUCUCAAAUCGAUUUUAAACAAAAACAUUAUCGGUUUGAGAAUAUAACUACAGAUAGGACCUAUCUAUGUGUGUGUAAGUAUUUUAUAAACGCGUGUGUUGCUCUAUGAAUGUAUUAGUAAAUAUAAUAACAGGUUGCCGCCUACUCACACAUGUAUAUUCAAGAUACGUACAUGUGUGAGUGGAGGUAACAACGUAGUGUGUAUUGAAAUGUUUAAAUUGUAAUAAAUGGGUUUAAAGCGGAAAGUAUUUAAGUGGUCUAAGUGUAGACGGAGGAAGAGUCCGACUGAAGAUUGUCAUAUUAAUUGUAUAAUUAGAUUAAGUGCCGUACAUUUUUAAAUUGUUUAUAUAGAUAUAAAAUAUUCAAUUCAUUGAAAUAAAGUGAUGAAAUUGAA